GGCCGCUCACGGCCCAAGUGGCUAUUUCUGAAGGUUUGGGGUAGGUGAGAGAGGGCAGCAGGUUGGUCGUUUCUGAUCGCUGGGCAGCAGCAAAACAGCCCUUGAAAACCCCUAAAAUCUCGCGCUCGUUGCUUCAAUCAAACGUUUUCCUCUUCCUUGACAAACGGAUUCAGAUAACUUCCACUCCGGCAGUCCCAGGAAUGUUGACUGGUCAUGCUAUUAGUUUACAUGAAGAAAGUGAAUCAGAUGAGCUUUUACUAGCAAAUCCUGUAUCUGAGAUUGAUGACGAGGAAGCAGAAAUUUCUGGAAAAGUAUUGUACAGAGCCUCAUUUGAAGAGCUUGCAAAAAAUCAUGUGCAAUGUGACACAAUUAUAUGGGUUUUGAUAUCAUUAUUGCUUGUUUUGGCCUGGGGAGUUGGUGUAGUUAUGCUUCUGUAUCUGCCUGUCAGACGAUAUGUGCUGCAGAAGGAUAUAUCUUCAUGCAAACUUUAUGUCACAGCCAACAAGAUAGUUUACAAGGCCAGAAGACCUUCCUUUUUGCCUUUCCUAGGGUCUACAAAUGUUGAGAAGCACAUACCUCUUCACACAGUUAUUGACAUCAUUAUGGAACAAGGUUGUCUGCAAUCAUUAUAUGGAAUCCAUACAUUUAGGAUCGAAAGUAUAGCUCAUGGCAAAGCUGCACCAGUGGAUGAACUGCAAUUUCAAGGUGUUUCCAACCCAGGACUUCUAAGGAAGGUCAUUAUAACAGAAGCUGCAAAGAGUAUUCAAGAAGCCAGGAGUUGGAAGCCUACAAUGCACCCUGGGGAAGGUCAAUCCACACCAACUCGUAUGAGAUCUCUAACCGAGGUUCCAGCAAUUGAUAAGUAUCAAUCUCCUAGCUGGAAGGCCAAAGCUUCUCCUAGACGUGCUCUGUUUGAGGCUGGAGGUGUCAUACCUGGAGACUUGUUGCUAAAUAAACUGGAAGAAAUAAAGCAGUCCGUAAAGAAGAUUGAAUCUUUUGUGGCAAUGCAAGAAUCAUCUGAUGGUUGCUGAGUUGACAUUGGGCUAUUCUUUUUCUCCCCAUUUAUUUUGUAUCCAUAUUAGUCUUUUCAAAGCUUUGUUUUGCAAGUAACUUUUUCUUUUCUUUUUUGAAGUAUAUUGAUCGACAAAUAACUUGUAACAAUGGAUGUGUUUAAUCGUUGUUUUGAGCAGAAGUAAAAAAAGUGCAAUUACAAGUUCUCUGAUAGAAAUUCUGCUUGGUGGAGCUUUGAAUUCUCUGUGCAAAAUAAAGCCUUUGACGCAUAUUCGGGAAGAAAAGAAAUAGGUUAAGAGAACAUGAUAGCCAGACCAAGAGGCCAAGUGCAGAAGAGAGAAUUAGGUUCAAGGUAACUUAUUCUGAAAUCUGUUUAUAUUGUUUGCCCAUUGGGAUGAGGUAGUAAAGCAGGGGGAACACCAAGAUUUGAAGCAGGUUGUGGAUGCUUCCUGAAGAUUAAGGGAUUUAGAGUAUUCAAGUAAAUUAGCUCAAGGCAUGCCCUUUAGCAUGGAGCACAUCCUAAAACUUCUAGAUGCUAAUACCAUCUUACACGGUAUGGAAAUGAAAGUGUCGGCAAGUCCUAACAUAACUCCAGGCCCAUGCACUUCACAACAUGAUAUUUCAGAGGAAUUAGAAGUUAGUCUACUGCUAAUUGUCGUUGCUGAUUAAAAAAAAAAAAGGCCAGAUUUUUAAUUUGUAUUUGUUUAAUGGUCUUCUGCUUUGCCAGAUGACUUUUCUGUUUUUGGGUGAUACCAUAAUUGUAAAAACAAUGGCACACUGGUGUGGACCAAUAUAGAUACUCAUCCAAAUAUGUUGCAGAAAUUGUAAUUUUCUUGUAACUUCCUCUUGAAUAGGAAUCUUUUUGUGGGUUCGAGGAUUCUAUUC